GAAAGCAUCAGCAGCAGCAGCAUUAACAACAACAGGGAGAAGCGUGUGAAUAACAUUCAUACAUACACCUAUCCAUUUUAAAUACGGUGGGAUAGAAUUGCUACUAUUACUACUACUACUACUACCACCACCACCACUACCACCAGCGCCACGACUACUACCAACUAUAUACAGACUACAACAACACUAUUACCCCCAACACACACGUCUAUACUACAAACCCCGUCCCCCGCUUCACUCCAGUCUCUCGUAGUGAAACGUUUUACACUACAGUAAUAUCAGCGCUGGUAUCUCGUAUACUACUUAGAUAUACAACAGUCGCUUAUAUUCAGUAGUAGCUCACCACGUUUACACUAACACCGAUACCACAGUUACACUACAAAACCCAUUAACUACAGUAGCUCCGGUUAUAUAUAUUUUUUGAGCUGUUUGUAGUAGAAGAAGGAGAACAACAACAACAUUAACAACAAGGAGAGCUGACAAUAACAAAUACCAGCACCACCACCACCACCAAUAACAACAACAACACCAACAAAAAAUGGAUAGCAGCAAUAAUGAGUUUAAGAAUUACUCUGCAAACGAAACAGAUGCGGCUCGCGACAACAAACUCGGCUUAUGUGGCACCUUGCUUAUGGCUCUCUCUUUUGUCAUUAUCCUAUGCACAUUACCAUUCUCUCUGUGUCUAGUUAUUAAGGUUGUCCAGGAAUACGAGAGGGCUGUAAUCUUUCGACUUGGAAGACUAUUGUCUGGAGGAGCAAAGGGACCAGGGUUGUUCUGCAUCAUACCAUGUAUUGAUUCCUAUAGCAAAGUUGAUAUGAGGACUGUCUCUUUUGAUGUGCCGCCCCAGGAGGUACUCACCAAAGACUCAGUGACCGUAGCAGUGGAUGCAGUUGUGUACUUCAGAGUCCAGAAUGCCACGAUGUCCAUUGCCAAUGUAGAGGAUGCGAAUCGGUCAACUCGGCUCCUGGCACAGACCACUUUGAGAAAUACUCUUGGAACAAAGAACCUCAGUGAGAUUUUGUCUGACAGAGAAACCAUUAGUCAUUUGAUGCAGAGUUCCCUUGAUGAAGCCACAGAUCCAUGGGGAGUACGAGUAGAAAGGGUUGAGGUUAAAGACGUGCGCUUACCUGUACAGCUACAGAGAGCUAUGGCAGCUGAAGCUGAAGCCACUCGUGAAGCAAGAGCUAAGGUGAUUGCUGCUGAAGGUGAACAGAGGGCAUCUCGUGCCUUGAAGGAAGCUGCUGACAUCAUGUGCGAGUCACCUGCCUCUCUGCAACUCCGCUACCUGCAAACCCUCAACACAAUCUCCGCCGAGAAGAACUCCACCAUCAUAUUCCCACUCCCCAUUGAGGUUCUGAGGAGCUUCAUGCCGCCCCAGUCCCAGUCCCAGUAACCCGGUCUGCUUUCGGUAGACAAACAGAGCAGUGAGCAGUCGAUGGUGAUCACUGUGCCCACCACUGCAGAAACAGAGAAAGGACGGG